CCGCUCCAUAGCUUGGUCAUGGUAUGCUGUUUUCCCUAGUCGGGCUCAACUGUGAAGGUAACCGUCGAUUCUGGCUCUGCAUCAUGACUCUUGUUGCAAAUAGCUGGCACUAGUCACCCGAUGGAUCUCUCGCCACAUUGCUCAUCCUCUUGUGUUCCCCCACAUUGAGAUGCACAAUGUACGACCCUUGUUAUACAUGUCGGCGUCGACGCAUCCAGUGUGAUCAAUCACAGGUCCCCUGCAAGAAAUGUCUGAAAGCUGGACUAGAAUGCUAUGACAGGAGGCCCCUCAGAUGGGUCAAGGGUGUGGCUAUUCGAGGCAGACUGCAGGGGUUGACGGUGAAGGAUGCGUCGGCAGCCUCGGUAUCCUUGGCGACGUUGGAUCGGGUACCAAGGAAGAAAAGUAGUAAGAAGAUAGUAUCGUCUGCGUUGGUUCGGCGUGAUCAUAAUGACCAUACUGAUGUAGUCGAGAAUGAAGCGAGCCUAUCAUUGGCUCUGGAUACUGGCCCCGUCUCGAACUUGGACCGGACAUCCAGGUAUUACCUUGAUUAUUAUAACGACCAGAUAUGCAAGGUAUUCAUUGUUCAUGACAGCGAGGAGAAUCCUUUGAGAAGGCUUAUCUCUCUGGCUGUGAACGAUUCACUGCUACUGAAGGCGGUACUGGCCCUCGCGGCGCGCCACAGGGCCAAUUCCGGUUAUUCCUUUGGGAAUGCUGUAGUGGAGGCGUCCCCAGACCUCCGGCAGAUUCACCAACAUGCUCUCGUCUUCAAACACCAAGCUAUACAAGGACUAACGCAUGCGCUGAACGAUCCGACAAUAUCUGAGCAGGACACGACCGUAGCUUCAAUUUUCCUUCUUAUAUUUCUAGAUCUUUUGGAGUCCGGAAGCGACAAAUGGAACUUCCACCUUGAGGGCGCUAAGAGGCUGAUUACCAACGGUCAAUUACAUGAGGUGCAGGCUGGGAGUUCCAAGGAUCCAGGACGGACUGUGGAACAGAUAAGAAAGUUCAUCAUCAAACAAAUUCAUGUGAUCGAGUCCCUUGGGGCAACGUUUGUCCGUCCUAAGUUACUAUCCGGUUGCACCUCAUUAGACCAUCCAGAGUCCUUACUUAAUGAGACAGUCGAACAAUCUUUCAUUGGGUGUCCUGAGUACUUAUUACAUGCCGUCCAAUGUCUUUCAGCCUACCGGGACAGCAUGGUCGAGCCCCAGCCACAGCCGUCUACGACCAGUAACACGCACAUGCAAGAUAUAACAAGCGUGCUUGAUUUAAUCCACAAGUUUGACUGUUACACCUGGGCUUCAAAUCUACCAGAGUCACAGAAGACUUCAUCGCGAUAUCUAAGCAACCUUUGUAAACUGGCACAGUCCUACAAACUAGGCGCUCUAAUCUAUGGCCAGCGCGUCUUGGAUGCUCUGCUCAGUGUGACUACGCCACAAGAUGAGCUCGUCUCUGAAUUAAUAGGCGUCAUCGAUGCGUUGAGAGACGAUGGCAGGUUAUUGAAAUGCGUUCUUUGGCCGAUAUUCGUUGCCGGCCUCGAAUGCCAGUCACAGGCCCAGCGAAACUUUUUAAUCACUUCAUUGGAGAAUUUCUGGUUGGACACAAACUGUUUGAACGUGGUGAAUGCCGCCAAGGCAUUGCAAUCGUACUGGCAGAAGAUCGACAAACAAGCUUCCUCGACACAAUGGAUCUUUGACAUCGGAGACCUAGAUCAUGACUGGCUUUUUAUUUGAGCGUUGGCUACCAUCUGUUAGUGGUCUAUCAGACAGCUAUAUUGCCGGCAUGUCCAUCAGCUGUCACCGUUCUACGUUGGGCCGUAUUAACAAGUAACCACGGGUUCAAUUUACAAUCCGUGGGAAGCGAAAGAGAAGGCAGUCAAACUGAAUCACGAACCGCCGGGGUUAAAACCAGCAACACUCUUGAUAUGCUGCCGGGGCUGUAUUCAGGUUACCUACCUUAUGCAUCUUCCGAUAUGUGCACUUCGUGUUGAUAUUUCCUCGAGCAUGCUUUGAUUAUAGAAGCAGCAGAACUGGGUAAGACAUACGCCUGAAAUGAUAUAACAUGGUUUGUUGGGGCUUUUCUCUCAACAAGGGCCACAACGAACACUCAUAGAACAUUCAAUCUCUAAUGUCACUUAAUACAAGAUAAUGAACAUCUCUUCCACUCUACGAAGGACAAGACUAUAUCACAGAAUAAAACUCUCUACUUACUAUCUGGCCCGCUUUUCUUUUGUUAUGUUAUAGAGCACCGCAAAC